CUCAGAAGAGAUUAAAAAGACUGCUUGUUUUAGGACAGAGAUGACUAAGAACAUUAGAAAUCCAUGAUACGGCCACUCCUUGAAUCCUGCCCCAUCUCAAAAAGAUACAUUCGAAUUGGAAAAGGUGCAAAGAAGCCAGUAAAAGCGAUUAGGGGAUGGCGCAGCUUCCAUAUGAAGAGAGAUUUAAAAGUCUGGGACUGUUCAUUUUAGGAGAGAGAUGGCUAAGAACAGAAGAACAUCCGCACUGGGUCUGACCAAUGGUCCCUCCAGCCCAGUACCCUGUCUCUGAUAGUGGCCAGCGCCAAAUGCUUCAGAGGGGAUGAGCAAUACAGGGAUGGAGGGCUCUGAGGAUCUAGAUAGCAGCCUCCUGACACAGCCUUGGGCUUCAGUUUGCUUUGGUGAAUCCACUUUUAUUGCCAAGGCUUGUUUCAGAGAAACCGGUUACGUCUUGCUGAUCUCUGACCUCAGCAGUGUGUGGUACGAGCGUGCAGACACAGAUGUCAUUGGGAAAAGAUCCAAGGAGCUGAACAAGCGGCUGACAGCCCAUGUGUCGUCUUUCCUGAAUCGCUUGAGCAACCUGAUGUGCCCUUUGCUGGAAGGAAGGGAGAGUGACGCCAACUCCUUCUCCUGCCAACAGACCCCCAGCAAACUCACCAUCCAUGUGAAAAGUGAGCUCUCCGGGCUACCCUUCUACUGGGAUUUCCACUGCCCUGCGGCUGCUGUGGAGAUGAUUUCCCGUCAUCUUGUGCGGCCCCUCAUCAGGAUGAGCCUGGCAUUGCAGUACCAGCUACAAGAGCUGGCAUCUCUCCUGGUGCAGAAGGAUGUUGAGAUUGAAGACUACAGGGAGAGCGGGGCUGCUCUCAGCAGAGGACGCCUGAGGACCGAGCCCUUCCAGGAGAAGUCAUUUCUGCAGAAGUUUGUGGAUGAGAGUCUGCCCCAGCUGUGCGGUGCAGGGGACGGCCAGGCAUUCACAAGCACCCUGCAGCGUCUCUACACGGCCGUGGCCAGGCAGGAGGCGAGGGCAGUGCAGAAGCGGCACCACUCAGGGGAUGCCGAGACCCCAGAGCUCACCUCGUCUCCGCAGCUGGACUCAUUGGUCACGCUGGGCUCUCAGCAGGAAAAGGUUGAGCCACCCUCUGACUUGCCCCAGAGCCUGGGAGCCGCAGCGACUCCCUCCUCUCCGGCCCAGAGAGCCCGGCUGCCCGUGUCCAAGGCCAAGAGGAAGAAGGCAAAGGGGCUGUUUGGCUGACGCACCGCUGUCCGUCCCCCUUGCCGUGGGGAGGGGUCUGGCCCCAGGCAUUCAUUGCUCACCGCGGCAGCUCCAGGACACCAGCACAGAACCUUGAAUCCCUGACGCAGCAUCUAGAAGGGCCAAUCAGGGCUCCCGCUCCAGACAGCGCGUGGGGCCCUCUCCUCCCAUGGCAGAUCCUGCUGAAGGAGGUUCGUUCGGCCCCUUCUCACUUCACCUGUGGGCACUAGAUGCUGGGAAGUCUCUGGUGCUUCCCAUGGCCAGGCCUCUCCACUGGCAGAGCCAGUGUGGCACGCGUCUCCUCUCCCCACACUGGCCUGGCUUUCCUGCCCAGCCCUUACCCUGCCCCCAGCUGUGGGACUGCCCCUCUCUGUGCUCCCCAGGGCUGAGAACGUGGAUGAGGGGGGCAGGUUCCUGUUUUUUCGACGGGUGGCUCCAUACUUGCUUUUUUGCAAUAAAGGCCCCUCUCUGCCCGAGGAUGCUGUGUCUGGCUGGGGGUGGGGCCAGCUCUGGCUCCUCCCAUUUGGUCUUGCCAGGUACCCCAUAGGAGCGGUUUCAGUCCCAGCCCCUUGUGGGGGCACACGGAAGCCCUGGCCCUUCUCUCCAGCCUGUCCCCUUCACAGCCUCUGCCCCUGCAGCUGGUCCCCUACCCUCCCGGAAGGUUCUGCCCAGCCAGGAGCCACAUAAGCUGCCAACCAGGAGGCCGAGGGCAACACCUGAAAUGGAGCCAAUUGCAGCCUCCCUCAUCUUCCAGCUGGAGGCAUGACCUGUGGAGACUACAGCUCCCAGCAUGCCCUGCUCCAGCGUAAUCGCCGCAGGGGGCCGCUGGCACCCGGUAGGUUGCAGUUCUGCACUGAAGGCGAGGAGGCCAUGGGCUGGGCUGGGCUGUCGGGUGCCAGUUCCUGAGAUCACAGGCUUUGGGCUUCAUGCCCAGUGGUGCCAGCCAGGCUGAGUGCAGAACUGGGCAGAGAGUCUGGGUGCCAACCAGCCCCGUCCUGAGGCAGGGAAAUCUUGGAUUUCUUCUUUGCUGGGAGUGGCCGGAGCCCCAUCAAAGCCUUGAGCCAGUCAGCAGCGGGGAGCCAGCCCUGCCCGAUGGGCGCCCAGCCUAGGAGGGGUGCUUCAAAGCAGCUUCCGAAGGGUUAACUGAUGUUGAG